CAUCUCUCUUCCUGGUCCCUGUAAGAAAGCAGUUCGCGAUGGGAGAAGUCCAAAAGGGUUUGCUUUCAGUCAUUCAGAAGCUGAAGGGAACCACAGAACAGGAGUUAAGAAUAGUGCUGCUGGGCCUGGACAAUGCUGGCAAAACUACUCUGCUGAAAAAGCUGGCCUCUGAAGAUGUUAGCACCAUCACUCCAACACAGGGCUUCAACAUUAAAAGUGUGGCCUCAAACGGCAUGAAAUUGAACGUGUGGGACAUUGGGGGACAGAGAAAGAUCCGCUCAUUCUGGAAGAAGUACUUAGAGAACACAGAUCUGUUGAUCUACGUGAUAGACAGUGCAGACAAAAAACGGUUUGAGGAGACGGGGAUGGAGCUCUCUGAGCUCAUCGAUGAGGAGAACAUGAAGGGUGUACCUGUGCUCAUCUUCGCCAACAAGCAGGACCUGGCCACGGCUUCGCCCGCCAGCGAGAUCGCCGAGGGACUCAACCUGCACACAUACCGGGACCGCCUGUGGCAGAUCCAGGCCUGCUCCGCACUGUCGGGGGAGGGCGUGCAGGAUGGCAUGAACUGGAUCUGCAGCAACAUAGGAAGUGCAAAAAAAGCGACCUAAAUUUCAUCCUCCAG